AUGUCAAGUGACGACGAUGCGGAGGAGCUUGCAGCCAUGCGUGCACAGCGAGCUGCUCGCAUUGGUGGCGCAGCAACACUCUCGGAAUUACGGGAGCUGCAACGGCGGGCAGAGGCAGCGGAUGCUGGUAGCAUUGCUUUUUUCGAUACUAGCUUCAGGCCCCAGCACUCGCCGAUCUUUGAAAAUUUGAGCACUUGGUUCCUCCGUAGGUCAUCGGUUCGAGACAGGGGCAGCGCACCGAUGGUGGGUCCGCCGCGUCCUCCCCCUCGCAAGCUGGAAGCGGAGAAUAUGAGGAACGAAGAGGACGAAGAAGAAGAUGAGGAAGAUGAUGGGGCUGGCCAGGGCCGAUCAGCCGCUGUGGCGAGCUGUGGCUGGUCGGAGGAGUCUGAUCGCAUGGACGACCCCCUCCGAGCGCACCUGCCCAUGUCCUUUGGUCCCCAGGAGACGAAGGUAGUCAACCCCAUCACUGUACACAACGCACUUCGGAGAUCAGCGUCGCCACCGCCGCCGCCGCGGGUACCUGGUUCCGGAGCACGCCCCGGCCCCGGCCCCGGCCCCGGCGCGGGCACAAAAUCCACCGCACCGGGAGGGGCAGUUGUCGCGAGCACUUCCUACGGUCCCCCUAGACCGCCAGGCAGGCCGGCUGGCGGCGUCGGGGGUGCUGCUGCUGCUGCGUUUGGGCCGCCACGGCCGCCGUCGGAAAGGAGCUCUGGUGGCGGCGGCAAUGGCAAUGAGGCGGCGGCGGCGGUGGCGGUGGCGGCGGCGGAUGAGGAUGAAGAUAUGGUCGGGCCGCCUCGUCCACCGCCCGGUUCUGAAGACGCGGGCGAAAGCGAUGAGGAUGGCGGCGGUGGCAGUGGCGAGGGAGGUGACCCGCGGGUCGGUGUGGACGAGGAUGAUGAUGAUGAGGACCCGUACGGCCUGCCCAUCACGCACGAGGCGGUUCUCAAGGGUCACACCAAGGCCGUGUCGUGUCUGGAUAUAGAGUAUACUGGAACACGAAUGGGCUCGUCCAGCGUCAAGCCUCGCUGUCGCAGUAGCGUCACCGGGUCGUACGACUACACGGUUCGUUUGUACGACUUUCACGGUAUGAAAUCGGACAUGCGGAGCUUCAGGGAUCUGGAGCCCUCAGACGGCCACCCAGUGCUCUCCGUGUCGUGGUCCCCCUCGGGUGAUGCGUUUCUGGUGGUGACGGGUGCCGCGCAGGCCAAGAUGUACGACCGUGACGGCCGCGCCCUGGGGGAGUUCGUACGGGGCGACAUGUACAUCCGGGACGCUCGCAACACGAAGGGGCACAUUAGCGGCCUGACGGGGGGCUGGUGGCACCCCACCGACCGGUACACCGCCAUCACCUCCAGCGAGGAUGGCACGGUGCGGAUCUGGGACACGCACAACGUCAUGCAGAAGACUGUCAUUAAGCCCGCCUUGGCGCGACCCGUGCGUACGGCAAUAACGGCUGUGUCGUACAACACGACCGGAUCGCUCAUUGGUGCGGGGCUGGCGGACGGCACGGUGCAGGUUUGGAGUGUGGGAGGGAAGUUUGGCGUCUCGGCGGCUGUGGCGCAGGUGAUGCCUCCGAAACCACAGAUGGUUGAGAAGCAGGGCUGGACGUACGUUAGCAAACCGAACCAGCUGAUCCGAGACGCUCAUGAACCCACGUACAGACAUACAUACUUACAUAUCCACAAGCGCAAGCACGAGCACAAGCACACACGCCAGGCGCCUGUUGCCGUAUUUGCCGCCGUAUUUGCCUUGCUCCGCGGGGUCCUACUUUUGGAGGGUCUUGUGUAUUUCCCCCCCGGGGGGCCGGGGGGGGGGGAGGGGGGGAGGUGGUACUUCCUGUGGCUUCUGCGGGUUGUGUUGUGUUGUGUUGGGGGUACCGAGGUGACGUCAUUGUGCUUCAGUUCCGACAAUCACUCGCUGAUCAGCCGGGGUACGGAUGGAACGCUGAAGAUCUGGGACCUUAGAAGGUAGGUUGGGAUGCCGGGUAACGUCACGGCGCUGACGUGGCACCACCGCCUCAACCAGAUCUUUGUAGGGCUGGGCAACCGCAAGUCCGGCGAGACGCACGCUCUGUACGACCUGACCCGCAGUGAACGCGGGGUUGUGUCGGCGGCUUCACGCCGCCCUCGGGCCCCCAACGCCCUGGACUUCACACCGCCUGUCAUCAUCAAGACGCCUCAUGCACUGCCAAUGUUCAGAGAGGACGUGGCUAAGAAGCGCAAGGCGGAGAAGGAGGCGAUGAAGGCCCGCCGGCCGGACCCCGGCAUGGUGGCCGGCAGGGGCAAGCAGGGCCGCCUGGGCGCCACGGGGGGCACCCUCCUCACCCAGCAUCUCCUCAAGCAGCGCGGCGGGCUCCUGGCUCCGGAGCACGAGAUGGACCCCAGAGAUGCGAUUUUGAGGCACGCGGACAAGGCCAAGGAGGAAUUCUCCGCCUGGACAGCGGCAUAUCGAGCCACACAACCGAAGCCCGUGUACGCUCAAGAACAGGACGAAGAGGACGAGGAGGACGUUGCCGAGUGAAAAUAAAUUUACUACGACGUUGAUGACUUUUUGUGCUUGUGGUAGUGAAUGUAUGGCUGCGAAGUGUGGAGUCCAAGCUGUGGAGUCCAGGCUGCCGUCCGCGGCCCGUAGGAUGGUGGAAUGACAUGUCUGCCACUUCUCUAGCCGGUGCUGUAGCUAGUGCUUGGAUGGGAUCGAUCUUGAGACCUUCCGUUUCCUUUCCAUGUUUUUUGUUUGUUUUUAUUUCACAUGGAUGGAUGGAGGGCAGCGGUUGUUUUCUGCGCAGGCUUGUGUUUGGUAGCGGCGGGGCUUGCGGAGGUGUUAAUGCAAUGUGGGUGGAGUGGAGUGUUGGUUGCCGGUUCUGCGCAUUGGUGCAGCGAAUUUCUUGGGAAACUGACUGCGAUGUGCGAUGUGCGUGCGUGUGUGAAAGGUGAAUGGAGCAAUUGGUGAAUGCUGGUUGCAUGUACAUACAUGUGUGUGUGGUUGUUACAGUGGGCUCCAUACAUGACGAAGGAACCCUUCAUUUCACCGACGGAGUAACUUUUUUUCAUUGAUUUAACUUGUUUAGGUGUGUUAAUGACAAAUUUG